CUGCUAGCUUGCGCCCACUUCUAUUCCACCAAGCAAUUUAUGCUUUGGGGCAAAUCGUCAAACACAUACGCGACGCUAUGGAUUUAAAUGCUCUGCUACCUACCGCCACAAACUCCCACAAGCUCCUCUGCAAGACGCGUAGUGGCCGCCAUGGACCCUACGCACUAACUAAAAGAGAACUUUAUAGUUUCUAAGUACAGCUUAUAUAUAGCUCUUCGUACCCAUUCUCUCAUCGACUCACUCCACAACUUCUUCUGUGUCAUUAUAACAGUAAAACAUGGCGACGAAGCCGAGAGUUUUGGCAGUUGUAUUACUUUUGCUGAUUGGUGUUGAGCUAAUCGCUGCCGGAAGAGCUGCCAUUAAGGCCAGCGGAGGGGGAGGCGAGGGCGGUGGAGGUGGUGGUGGCCGUGGUUCCGGGUCUGGUUAUGGCUCGGGCUACGGCAGAGGCGAGGGUUAUGGCGGUGGCGGUUAUGGACGAGGUGAAGGGGGAGGCGGAGGUGGCGGGUCGGGUUUGGGAUCAGAUGGUGGUAGUGGAUACGGGUAUGGAUCUGGGUCUGGAUCCGGAUAUGGAUCCGGAAGUGGGAGCGGUGGUGGCGGUGGUGGUGGUGGAGGUGGUGGCGGCGGUGGGUCUGGUCAUGGAAGAGGAUCUGGGUAUGGUAGCGGGUCGGGUUUUGGAAGUGGAUCGGGUGGUGGAAUGGGAGGAGGUCGUGGUGGCGGUGGCGGAGGUGGAGGCGGAUCUGGUGAGGGGCAUGGCGAAGGAUCUGGUUACGGGUCUGGUUAUGGAUCCGGAUACGGAGGUGGUGGGCAAGGAACAGCAUGCCAAGAGGUGGAGCGGCGGCCAUCACCGCCGGUGACUCUGAAGGUGAGAGAACGACCGACGAGGAUGGCAUCGGUUUGCCAAGACGGGAACAAUGCCGGCUUGGUACUGUGCGAUAUGGAGAAAAGCCGGCUGCGUGAGAUCGAAGUGCGGCCGCGGCGGGUUGCACCAGCCGCCGUUGUCGCCGGGGAGGUUGUAGUUUGGAGGGCAGAGGAACAAUUUUCUCGAAAUGUCCCAAAAAAAACAAACAAUUUUCUCGAGUACUACAUUAAUGAGUUGUACCAUUUGAUUACCUCUUGUUUGAGAACCAUCACUGCCUCCAUAGAAUGUGGCGUGUGCUGGGUACCAUGGGCCGGGCUCGAACUUGCCAUGGUACCUGUGCCUUGGGCGGGCCGAAUACGGCCCUGGCUUCCUGUUCAGAAAGGCUCGCCGGAGCUCGCCGGUCCGGUCAUGAUGGUGGUGCUGGCCAGAAGCUUUCGCGCAGCUACCACAACAUUCGAAUUCUCCAACAAAUGCUCCUACUCAGUCUGGGUAGGCACUCUCUCCGGAGCCAACAACCCCCCUCUUUCCCAAACCGGCUUCCUCCUCCCAGCUUCCUCCUCCUCUUCCCUCACUGCCCCUCCGGCAUGGUCCGGCCGCUUCUGGGGCCGUUCCUUCUGCUCAACCGACUCCUCCGGCCACUUUUCCUGCCUCACCGGCGACUGUGGCACCGCCCACAUCUCCUGCAAUGGCGCCGGCGGCUCCCCUCCAGCCACCCUCAUCGAAAUCACCCUCGGAUCCAACGGCAACGCAGACUUCUAUGAUGUCAGCCUUGUGGACGGCUACAAUCUCCCGGUGGCCGUGGGGCCCAUCGGAGGCACAGGGGACUGUCGAUUGGCGGGCUGUCAAUCAGACUUGAAUGGGAAAUGCCCGCCCGAAUUGGCGGUGGAUGGGCCGGGCGGGUUGGUGAUAGCAUGCAAGAGUGCUUGCGAGGCGUUCGGGGACCCGCGGUAUUGUUGCACAGGUGAUUACGGGACGCCGAGCACGUGCGGGCCGACGAACUAUUCGACGUUGUUUAAGACCGCCUGCCCGAUGGCUUAUAGCUAUGCGUAUGACGAUCGAACCAGUACUUUCACUUGUGUGGGGCCCAAGAGCUACACAUUGACAUUUUGUCCAUGAUGUAGAGGAUUAAUGUAUCAUUUAU